GCUCGCUCUUGGGGAAAAGAAAUGAAAAGGGGAGGUUCUGGAUGAUAGAAGGACGAUUAAGUAAAGAGAAACAGGGAGCUUUCAAUAUCAAAAGAGGAAAAGAGAGAGAGACAGAGAGAGAGAGAGAGAGAGAGAGAGAAUCCAUCCACACCCAUGACUAUCAUCGAAACAGGGAAAAAAUGCGAACGGACCCACAUGGUAGCCCUGAAGAACUCCGCUGACAGCGAUGUUGGCCAGAUCUGAUCCCUGUGUAUUUGUCAUACACGGACACAGAUUCAAUUACUGCAGUGAUGCUGAGUAUAAACAGCUGUCCGUGCACGCCGGCACCAAUCCACUUAAAUACCAUCAGCCUGCUCCAAUCCAAAGACCAGCCAUAUUCAUGGUCCCCCAUCCAAUACUUCGAUGAAGACAGCUACCCCUCCCCUCCUAGGAAUAUGAAAGGUCUAUCAGGUGGUCGUCCCCAGCUAAACAUCACACCUGGACACUCCUGUGGCCUGACAGACUGCGACCACUCUCUCGACCACCUCCAGCAUGGUGCUCCCGACUCACGAUCAUCUUACCUGCUUAGCCCCACUGAGAGUUGCCCCAUGGACCACCACCGCUGCUCACCGCGCAGCUCCAUCCAUUCGGAGUGCAUGGUGAUGCCUGUCUCCAUGGCCUCUGACCACGUUUCCAGCAGCACAUUUCCCAGGAUGCAUUACAGUUCACAUCAUGAGAGUUUGCGGGAGGAUGGCACCACUGGACACAGCGGUGGUGGUGGAGGUGGUGGUGGUGGGGGCGGUGGUGGCGGUGGUUUUGUUGGAGGGGGCGGAGUAGGAGGAGGUGGUGCCGGAAACAUUUCCAGUUCUGGCAAAAUGAACCGCAUACCUGCCAACCUUCUGGACCAAUUUGAGAAGCAGCUGCCCAUCCACCGUGAUGGAUUCCACACACUGCAGUACCAGCGCACAUCCACCGCUACCACCAGCAGCGAACAGCGGAAUGAGAGUCCAGGUCGGAUCCGCCACCUGGUGCACUCUGUGCAGAAGCUCUUCACCAAGUCACACUCUCUGGAAGGCUCUUCUAAGAUGAACGGCACCAAAGGAGACUCACGCUCGGAAAGCGGCCACCAUCAUCACGGACACCAUCACGGCCACCACAAACACAGCAAGAGGAGCAAGAGCAAAGAGCGCAAAGCAGACUCCAAACACCGCUCAGGGAUCGCCGGGUGGUGGAGCUCAGAUGAUAACCUCGACAGUGACAGCACCUACCGGACUCCCAGCGUCAUGAGUCGGCACCAUGUGGACCACAUAAGUCACUGCUACCCAGAAUCGGUCCCAGGUCACUUUGGAGAUCUUUCGCUCAAGACCUCCAAAAGCAACAAUGACGUGAAGUGCUCGGCUUGUGAAGGCAUGGCCUUGGGUCCUGAGGGAAAGUUCAUGAAGCGGAGCUCUUGGUCCACUUUGACUGUUAGCCAGGCCAAAGAGGCCUACCGCAAGUCCUCGCUCAACCUCGAGAAACCUAUGAUGCCUCAAGACCUCAAGUCCCCUAUGAGGCCUUGCCAUUAUCUUCAGGUCCCUCAGGAUGAGUGGGGUGGAUACCCCGGGGCAAAGGAUGAUGAGAUUCCGUGUCGGCGGAUGAGGAGCAGUAGCUAUGUGAAGGCGAUGGGAGAUGAAGAAAGCGGCGACUCAGACGGCAGUCCCAAAAACUCCCCUCAGAAGAGCGCUCGGCCAGGCGGCUUCAUCAAGAGCAUGCUGCAGAGGCAACUAUCAGACCAGAGCUCAUACCGCCUGGAUAAAUCGAGCAAUGACAUGGUGAAGUACCUCACCAAUUUCGCUGCAGAUUUAAGUCAGAGCUACCAUCUCCAAGCAUCCCGGGACGUCCACCCCAGCAUCACACUGGACCCGUCACCCAAUUACAACUCGCCCAAAUUCCGCUCCAGGAACCAGAGCUACAUGAGGGCAGUUAGCACGCUGAGCCAAGCCAGUUGUGUCAGCCAAGUGAGCCAGGUGAGCGAGGCUGAAAUGAACGGCCAGUUCGAGUCGGUGUGCGAGUCGGUGUUCAGUGAGGUGGAGUCGCAGGCCAUGGAGGCGCUGGAUUUGCCCGGCUGCUUCCGCACACGCAGCCACAGCUACCUGCGUGCCAUCCAGGCUGGCUAUUCGCAGGAUGACGAGUGUGUGCCUUCCAUGAGCUCGUCCACCGUCACCUCCACCAUCAGGUCCACGGCUGGGAUCCAGUUUCGCCUUCCAUCAUUGGGCAGCGUGGACCGACCCUCACAGCAGCCGCCAGCGGUCACCUACACCCCCAGUACUCCCACCUAUAACCGGACACCACCUCCAGUGCCCCCCCGCAGUGCCUCCAAACCUCUUAUCUCCAUCACAGCACAAAGCAGCACCGAAUCCACGCAGGACGCCUACCAUGAGGGACAUCUGGCCAGAGGAGGUCUGUGGGGUUCGGAGGGACUCGGGCUUGGUUUGGGUCGCACCAUGUACAACUCCACGGACAGCCUGGACAGCGCUAAGGCCGUCACCAUCGCCAUGGAAGCGGCAGCCAUUGCAAUGGCGGGGAAAAGACACCCGUCUACGGACUCCCACAGCUCCGUGCUGACGUGCGAUAAAGCCAUACUCGUGUCCAAAGCUGAGGAAUAUCUAAAAACACCCCGGUCUUCUAUAGGCAUACAGGUGGAGGCGGCUACGGAUUCCGAGUCGGAGAGCAGAGGAUUACGAGAAUAUCAUUCUGUAGGGAUCCAGGUGGAAGAUGACAAACGCGUGGGCCGGUUUAAGCGCUCUAACAGCGUGACAGCAGCAGUGCAGGCUGACCUGGAGCUGGAGGGUUUCCCUGCGAUGGAGGAUAAAAGUCUGCAGUUUGGAGGCGGUGGUCUGCAGAGGCACAGUGAGCCGAGUACGCCCACGCAGUACGGCGCAGUGAGAACUGUUCGCACGCAGGGCCUGUUCAGUUACCGUGAUGACUACCGCUCUGCCAACGAGCCAUCCAGCCCGCAGCGCAGUGCGGAACCCUGGCGCGAGCCCUCAGUGCCCUCCGUGCCCGCAGUGCCCACCGUGGCCGUAACGGUUACUCCGCCCCAGGCCUCCGACUCGGGCCGGGCGUCGCCCUCGGCCAGGAGGGACGGCACCUGGUUCAUGCAGCUGUUGCACGGCGAGACCAAGAGGAUGGAGGGAUGGUGUAAAGAGAUGGAGGGAGAGGCUGAGGAGAACGACCUGUCUGAGGAGAUUUUAGGUAAGAUCCGGAGUGCAGUGGGCAGCGCUCAGCUCCUCAUGUCCCAGAAAUUCCAGCAGUUUUAUUGGCUGUGUCAGCAAAAUCUGGACCCAAGUGCCAUGCCACGACCCACCUCUCAGGACCUGGCUGGAUUCUGGGACCUGCUGCAGCUCUCCAUCGACGACGUCACCUCCAAAUUCGAUGAGCUUCAGAAGAUCAAGAGCAAUGAUUGGAGGAUUAUAGAAAGUCCUGUGAAGAAGCUCCCGCCCCCUGUACCAAAGAAGAUGCUGAAGAAGAGCGUGACGCGGGAGAAGUCCCUGGAUCUUCCUGACCGACAGAGACAGGAAGCCCGGAGGCGUCUCAUGGCUGCCAAAAGAGCGGCGUCGUUUCGGCAGAACUCGGCGACCGAGCGAGCCGACAGCAUCGAGAUUUACAUCCCUGAGGCACAGACGAGACUCUGAGAGACUCUCCACAGCUUCAUCACCACCACCAUCAUCAUCCCCAUCAUCAUCAUCAUCAUAAUCAUCAUCAUUAUAUUCAACCAGCAAGACAUUGAUACAGAAUUUCCCAAAUUAGAUAUCUCAUCUCUGGCAAAAAAAAAUAUUUCGAUGUAAUUAGUGAAGAUUAUGAUUUAGAUCGAUGGUAUGAGUGUGUGAAAGGUGUGAGGAGAAAUUAACCCCUGAUCACCAUGUAUCACUAAGUUCGGGUUAUUCAGUAGGUGACGUGAGUAAACAAAACAAAACACAGCAUUUGGCUCGACCAGUGUGUGUAAGCAAAACGGUGCUUUUUAGAUUCUUCAAGUGCUAUUACUGACACUACGCUCAGGAACCAGCACCAGCACCCCACCGCUUUUCAUCCUGUCCCUGCCCCUCUCCCUGCCCCGUCCCUACCCGUGCCCCUGCUGAUGCCCCUACCCUGUCCCUGUGCCUGCCCCUGUGCCUGCCCAUGCUCCUGCUAAUGCCCCUGCUCA